UGACAGCAAUAUCAAUCUGCCAUACCACUAACAUACUGGUAGGAGUCCGUGAGAAUACAGUCCAGUACAAGCAUGACCUCGACGUGAUCUGGAACUAGCCUAGGGAGUUCAAUAGCUUGCUUGGUUCUGUGAGCCGCGUCGAAGACGCAUAGAAUCGCCGCGUAACCACGCACGUUCUUGACCGCGGAAUCGAACGAGCAACCUGCCUCCAAUGCUGUCAUAUUUGUCUACCAAUUUAUGAUUCUGGCUUUGAUAUUAUACAUAUUUUACAAGGCUCACUCGACACCAAUGUGCCCUCGAGGUCGAUUCGAAAUGCCAGUCAAGCACCCCGUGGUCUCUGGCCUUAUUGCUGAGGCCUUCCUAUCAACCUUUACAUUGUUCAUCGUUCUCGAGACUAUUGGGAUGUAUGUCUUCCUCUUGCAUAAUGAUUCCCACCGCUACCCGAACCCCACGAAAAUCCAGGAAACUCGGCUUAAUGCACUCCAAUACGUGGCAACCUGGGCUAUCAGCAUGCUUGCAAUCAUGUUUCAUGCUCAAGUCAGACGGAAGACGUGGGCGCGCGCACUCAACUCCUGGCCUGCCCUUCGUCACCCUACUCGCUGCUUUGUAGGGGUGGCAUUAGCGACGGCUUGGAUCGCCGUCUUCGCACAAGCGAGCUAUGUUACUCUGUAUUGGACACCAUCCAAGGACGUGAGAUUACUGGGCAUCGGCGAUCUGAGGAUUACAAUUUGGCUUGCCGCGAACUUUAUCGUUUGGCUUGUAGCCUGUGUUACAUUUGUCAUGAGGGCUUUCGAUGAGGAGCUGGAACGGGGAACGCAGACGGUGCUCAGAGACGCCAGGAGGGCUCGGCGUCGACAACAAUAUGCAGAGCUUGAGAAAAUCAGGAGCUAUGGCACCAUGAUAUGAUAUUGGAUGUGGUAGGUAUCGCACUGGCAACGAACAAUAAGCGGUCUCGUGUGGAAGGUGUCUCCCCGCUGCAACACGACGCCAUGCUUCGGCUAGCGAGCCGUCUGAAACCACUGUUGUCGUCCCGGAUUUCCAUUCCUCUUUAUGGU